AUGAAUCAGAUAAAUUAAAUGAAUUUUCUAUAACCUUUCAAUUAUUGCAUGUAUCCAUAUAGAGCUCCUUAUUAUUAUAAUUUGUAUGCAGAUAACAUCCAAGAAUAGAAUUCAUCCACUGCAACAUACAAAUCAGAAGUAAUAUCAUGGUAUCUAUUUUGUUGAUUCAUUUUAUAGGCUCUCUACACUUGAAUAAUCUGAAUUGUAUAAACUAUUUCAGAUUAAAGGAUAAAUAAAAACCUUUCCAAUAAUGAAAAUGUACAUAUAUGACAAAUUAAAUAACCCUUCAAAUUAUGCAUUACUUUAACAGUUAAUAUUAAAACUAUUUUUAGAGCAACAAUUAAUUUGGAGUCUAAAAUUGAUGAUUAGUUCAUGAUGAAGUUCAAAGCACUACAUCCUAAAGCAGAAGUAUCUAAUAAACAUUAUUCAUUAAGGAUUUGUAUACUAAAUUGAACAUAGUUGAUGAUGAAAAUUUUAUGGAUACUAUUUUUGUUGCUGAGCCACAUUUAGAAAAUUUAAACUCUUUUUUAGAUUUAUUGAAUGAUCUUUCUGAUAAAUAUUUUCUAUCUACAUCUCCAAAAGCCAUAAUAGAAAAAGCAGAAGAUCCUAUAUGGUUUCAUUAAAACAGUUUUCAUAGUUGUGCAGUUUGGAUCAUUAAAGAAUUUGAAAAAAAUAUUUCCUUUCAUUAUAAUCUUCAUAGAGAAAAAAAGAAAAAAUAGAGACUCUUUAGAUAACCUAUCUAUAAGAAUACUUCAAAUGAACUUAAAGAAUUUUUUAUAUAAAAUCUAGCCAAUAAUAAAGAAAGAGUAAAAAUAUAAAUUUAAUUACUUUUAGUUAACCUAUUAUUUUUAGGAAAUCUAUUCAGAAAUUAAAUAGCAACCUGAUCAUUUAGAAAAUAAAUUCUAUGAAAAUAUAUUCUCAGGCACAGCAAUUAAAUUAUUGAAGUCAUAAGUAGAAUUAUUAUUGAAUUUUUAAUAAAAAUGUCAUACUGAUACAAAUAUCAUAAAUUCAAUGUUGAUUACAUCUAUGAAUGAUUUAGUAGAUUAGAAAACAUAUAUAUUAAAAAAGUUUUAUAAAAUAGUACAACAAUUAUUUUAAGAACAUUUAGAAUAAGAAUUGUUUAAAACUGAAAUUUCAGAUAAAAAAUAAAAAAAAGAUAAAAAAAAGAAGAAAAAGAAAUACUAAAAAAUGUAAACAUUUAAAGGAUUAGAUCCAAUUGAAUUAAAUAAAAGAUUAUCAAGUAAAAAUCUUUAGGAAUCAAAUAUUCUAAGAUUUUAAAGAUCAUAUUCAUAAAGUAAUUUAACAUAUACAUAUGUGACUCCACCUAAUACACCAUCAGCAUGGGAAACCAGUGAUGAUUAAAAGUAUAAUUUUAUUUUUAUAAUAGUGAAUACUAUAAAGUUUCAAAUACAUAAUAAUAAUUAUCUAAAUGUUAAAGUUCAAAUAAUCCAAAAAUUAAUUUAAUUUAAAUUGAAUAACCAUUAAUAUCAUAAUAAUUUCAUACAAAUCUUGAAAAUCCAACUAAUGAUGAUUUUGUUGAUGUUGGUUAAUCUAUUACAAUUAAUAUAUUAGAAAUUGCAAAUAUUUCAUUAAAUGAUGAAAAUUAAUUUAAGGAAUAAUAUUUAAAAGACAAGAAAAGAAUUAAAAAAAAGUAAAAAGGAUUUUAAAAAUCAAUACCAGAAAGUAGAGAUGAACAAUUAUAAUUAUAAUCACCUUAAUCUGAAAUAACAAGAUUUUCAAUUGAAACAUAAGCAUAAACAAUUAAAAGUCAUUGUUCUAAUAGAACAUCAUCUACAUCUGAAGAAGAAGAAGGGAAAUAAUAAUUAAACAUUAUAAAAAAUUAAAUUAAAAUAAGGAAAAAUAGUAAUGAAAAUAAAAAAAAUAUAUUUAAAUUGAUAAAUUCUUUUAAAAUGAAUUAAUUUGAAGAUUAAUAAAUUAAUUAAGAUAUAAAUUCAGCCUCAAAUGAAAGUGAAUAAAUAUCAUAAAAAACCUUAGAAGAUGAUAUUGUUACAAAAAAUUAAAAGAAAAAUUAGUAAUUUGAUAUAAAAAAGAAUGUAUCCAUACUUCAAUAAAAUUCAGAAAAAAGCUUGAAAGAGUAAUUAGAAAAUGUUUAAUAAAAGGGAAAAUAAAAAUUGAUUGAAUAAAUCAAUUUAGAUAUUCUUGAUUUCACUGAUAACAUUAUGAGUGAAUAUGAAGAUAUGUUACCCUUUAGAUUUUUAGCUUUUGAAAGAGUUAAAUUAGUAAUUUAGAAAGUAUUCUUAGGUAUUCCUGAUGGAAUGAUAAUGUAAAUAUUAUUUAUUAGAUCUAGGCUAUUUGGGUCUUGUGCAACAGGAUUAGCUUUAAUAGAUUCUGAUAUAGAUAUUGGUAUAAAUGGAUUAGAAGUUUAUAAUAGAAAUAUGUUAAAAGUUCAUUUUGAUAACUUAUUUUUUGAAUUCUCUAGAAAAAAAUGGGUAGUCAAAGCAAAGUAUAUAUUUAAAAAUGAUUAUUAUUAGUCCAAUAUUUAAUUCAUCUGUUCCAAUAAUUAAAUUAGAAAUAGAUCCAUAGAUUAAUAUAUUUGAAUAUGAAGGAAGGAAUUUAGAUGAAUAAUAAAUUCAAUAGUGGAAAAAAUUAAAACAGAAAUUAAAGAGUGGAAUAAAGGUGGAUAUUUCAUUUAACUUUAAUGGGAAUGCUAUAUAUUCUACUCAUUUAGGUUCAAUAACUACUGAUUUGGUUAAAAAAUGGAUGGAAGAAUAUCCAUCAUUAUAAUAGAUAGUCCUUAUUUUCAAAUCUAUGAUUAAAAAACUUAAGCUAUCAGAGUCAUAUACAGGUAAUAAUCUCAUUUGAUUAUAUAUUAGGGGGUCUAUCCUCCUACUCAUUAAUAAUUAUGGUAUAUUCUUAUAUGAGAGAAUAAAGAAUUACUUCUAAUUUAAUUGGUGAAUAAUUUAUUGAUAUGCUUAACUUUUAUGUAAAUUGUUUUGAUCCAUCAUCUACUGGAAUAGGUCUAUUAGCAGAUAUUAAUAAUCCAAACUCUAGGUAUAAUUAAUAUUAUUAUAAAUUUUUAGUUACUUUUUCAAUUUAUAAGAUUAUUGCUUACCUAUGUUACCAAUUACGAUAUUUAAUCCAUACAAUAGAAAAUUACUAACACAUUCAUGUGUUCAAAUUAAUAAAAUUUUUGAUUUCUUUAAAGUAAUUUUGAAGGAAUUAGAAAUAAAGAAAGAUUUUUAUUGUAACUAUGUGGUAUUAGGAAAAAAGAAACAAUAAAAAUUAAAUAAAUCAUUAGAGAAUUUUAUAAUUAGCAUUUUAGAAUAAAUAAAAUGA